AUGAUGACCAGGCGCAUCGCCCGGACCCUGACGCAGCUCGCGACAGCUGCCAUCUUCCUCUCCGCCAUCGUCUUCCUCCUCGACCACAACUACAGGGUGCUGCCCAACUCCCUGCACGAGUACAUGCCCACGCACCACGCGGGGCUGGUGGUGACGGACAUAACGGUGCUCGAGUGCUCGCGCAUCAACAUCUUCUCCUCGUGCAAGCUCGACGCCAGCCGGUGGGAGCGCAUCGACAAGGAGCUCCACCUCGGCCAGUCGUGGACGUCGGCCGCCUACGUCUUCGUCAGCCGCAAGCACGAGCACGACCUCUCCCCCGACGACAAGGUGGUGCUGGACCUGACCGUCGGCCGGCUGGACCCUUCGUCGCGCUCUGCCGCCGUCGACGACAGGUGGGAGUCGCGGCCGGCCGGGCUGUGGAUCAGGCGCUCCGCCAAGAAGCGCUCCAGCGACUCGGUCUUGGCCGUCACGGGCGUCGACGUCCUGUUCGGCGACGACGCCGUCGAGGCCCGCGACGGCUGGGCCAUCACCGGCACGCCCCUCCUCCUCAGCUCCGACCGGAGGGACAUGAUCAGCGCCCACAUCACCAUGCGCAGGGGCGACGCCGACCACGACGCCGGCCCCAGGAAGCCGGUCCCGCGCAUCCCCCCCAGCGGCCGCUUCAAGAUCAUGCAGAUCGGCGACCUGCACCUCAGCACGGGCGUCGGCGUCUGCCGCGACGCCGUCCCCGAGGGUUUCGACGGCGGGCCGUGCGAGGCCGACCCGCGUACCCUCGAGUUCGUCGGCAAGAUGCUCGACGAGGAGAAGCCCGACCUCGUCGUCCUCAGCGGUGACCAGAUCAACGGGGGUACAGCGCCCGAUGCGCCGACUGCCAUCUUCAAGAUCGCCGCCCUCCUGAUCAAGCGGCAGAUCCCAUACGCCUCCAUAUUCGGCAACCACGACGACGAGGAGACCAUGAGCCGCGCGGCCCAGAUGAAGAUUUACGAAUCCCUCCCCUACUCGCUCGCCACGUCCGGGCCGGCCGGCGUCGACGGCGUGGGCAACUACUACGUCGAGGUGCUGGCGCGCGGCAAGUCGGACCACUCCGCCCUGACGCUGUACCUGGUCGACACUCACGCCUACAGCCCGGACGAGCGCCACUUCCCGGGCUACGCCUGGGUCAAGCCCAGCCAGAUCGACUGGUUCCGCCGCACGGCCGACAGCCUCAAGGCCCGCCACAGCGAGUACACCCACCGCCACAUGGACAUCGCCUUCAUCCACAUACCCCUGACCGAGUACACCGACUGGGACCUCCCCCGGGUCGGCAGCUGGCUCGAGGGCGUCACGGCCCCGACCUACAACAGCGGCUUCCACGACGCCCUGGUCGACAAGGGCGUCGUCAUGGUCAGCGCCGGCCACGACCACUGCAACGACUACUGCUCGCUGUCAUUCAGACCUCGGUCCGGGUCCGGGGCAGCAGGCGACGUGGCCGACCACCGGAAGAAGACGAGGCAGGAAGUCCAGAUCCCGCCGGAUGGUCACCAGCAGGCCCAGCCGGCCCAGGACACCACGCCGGCGAUGUGGAUGUGCUACGCCGGAGGCGUCGGCUUCGGCGGCUACGCGGGCUACUUUGACUACGUCCGUCGUCUGCGCCUCUUCGAGGUCGACACGAACGAGGCUCGCAUCACCACGUGGAAGAGGUUAGAGGCCGGUAACACGGCUGCCAGGAUUGACGAGCAGAUUAUUGUCGAUGGCGGGAAACCUGUUGCUCCUAUGCCACCUCAUUAA